AUGGUUGAAGAGAUUGGAAAUAAUCAUACUAUUAGUAAAGAAAAAAUGACAGAAAAAAAGGAUAUAAUUAUUCCAAAAAAGCCAUACAUAUUUACCCAUUCUAAUUUUAAAGAUAAACAAUAUGUUAUUACUUCACCAGAAAUAUGUAAGGCUUUAUAUGAUCACUAUGAAAAGAAUACAAAAGAUAUAAUUGUUAAUGUAAUCAAAAAUUUUGCAAAGAUUGCUGGUAGUCCAUUAGCCAGCAAACUCGUUGAAAUGAUGGCUCAUGAUAUCUUGCAAAAAGGUGGAACAUAUAAGGUGCGACGUUUAAUUAAGGAUAGCAAUGAAGGCUCUGAAAAAUUGCCCGUUCAAGAGUUAACACUUAAAGAGUUAAAGCACAAACAGUUUCGUGAAAUUGAUGAAAUAUCUUCAGGGCAGUGUUGUGAAGUGAUAUUAAAUGACACAAAUGACAUUAGUGACAUGUCACGUAUCAUUAUGUCAUUUCAGUGA